CUGGUCUCCAUCUCCCAGCAGUAGGCGCAGCCAUGAAUCCGUUAUUCGGUCCUAAUCUCUUCCUCCUACAGCAGGAGCAGCAGGGCUUGCCCGGGCCGCUGGGGGACCCCCUGGGAGGUGACCACUUUGCCGGGGGAGGGGACCUGCCCCCGCCUCCGCUUGCCUCGGCGGGUCCCGCUGCCUAUUCGCCUCCCGGGCCUGGUCCGGCGCCCCCUGCAGCCAUGGCUCUCCGCAACGACCUGGGCUCCAACAUCAAUGUACUCAAGACCCUGAACCUCCGAUUUCGCUGCUUCCUAGCCAAGGUGCACGAGUUAGAGCGCCGGAACCGGCUGCUGGAGAAGCAGCUGCAGCAGGCUCUGGAGGAGGGUAAGCAGGGCCGGCGGGGCCUGUCCCGCCGCGACCAGGCGGUACAGACCGGCUUCAUCAGCCCGAUCCGGCCCCUGGGGCUGCCCCUGAGCUCCCGGCCCGCCGCUGUGUGUGCCCCGUCAGCGCGGGUGCUGGGCUCCCCCGCCCGCUCGCCAGCCGGACCCCUCGCAUCCUCUGCGACCUGCCACUCAUCAUCCUCCACCUCCACUUCUACCUCCACCUCCUUCUCCUCAUCGACCCGUUUCAUGCCCGGCACCAUCUGGUCCUUCUCACACGCCCGCCGGCUUGGACCGGGACUGGAACCCACGCUGGUCCAAGGACCUGGCCUGUCGUGGGUACACCCUGACGGGGUGGGCGUUCAGAUCGACACCAUCACCCCUGAGAUACGCGCACUGUACAACGUGCUGGCCAAGGUGAAGCGGGAGCGGGACGAGUACAAGCGGAGGUGGGAAGAGGAGUACACAGUGCGGAUCCAGCUGCAAGAGCGAGUGAACGAGCUCCAGGAGGAGGCCCAAGAGGCCGAUGCCUGCCAAGAGGAGCUGGCCAUGAAGGUGGAGCAGCUGAAAGCCGAGCUGGUGGUCUUCAAGGGCCUCAUGAGUAACAACCUGACAGAGCUGGACACCAAGAUCCAGGAAAAGGCCAUGAAAGUCGACAUGGACAUCUGUCGCCGCAUCGACAUCACAGCCAAGCUGUGUGACUUGGCUCAGCAGCGCAACUGCGAGGAUAUGAUCCAGAUGUUCCAGAAGAAGCUGUCUCUACACUUGUCUCCCAUUAAGGUCCCGUCCAUGGGGGGGCGGAAGCGGGAGCGCAAGGCCGCUGUGGAGGAGGACACCUCCCUGUCGGAGAGUGAUGGGCCCCCCCGCCAGCCUGAGGGGGACGAGGAGGAGAGCACAGCCCUCAGCAUCAACGAGGAGAUGCAGCGCAUGCUCAGCCAGCUGAGGGAGUAUGAUUUUGAGGACGACUGUGACAGCCUGACUUGGGAGGAGACUGAGGAGACCUUGCUGCUUUGGGAGGAUUUCUCAGGCUAUGCCAUGGCAGCCACAGAGGCCCAGGGAGAGCAGCAGGAGGACAGUCUGGAGAAGGUGAUCAAAGAUACUGAAUCCCUGUUCAAAACCCGGGAGAAGGAGUAUCAAGAGACCAUUGACCAGAUAGAGCUGGAGCUGGCCACAGCCAAAAACGACAUGAACCGGCACCUGCACGAGUACAUGGAGAUGUGCAGCAUGAAGCGGGGCCUGGACGUGCAGAUGGAGACCUGCCGCCGGCUCAUCACACAGUCAGGGGACCGAAAGUCUCCUGCUUUCACUGCGGUCCCGGUUAGCGACCCGCCGCCACCGCCAAGCGAAACUGAGGACUCCGAUCGCGAUGUCUCAUCUGAUAGCUCCAUGAGAUAGGGGCCAGUGCCUGGCUCUCCAGAGCUCACUGAGGCAGGGGUGGGGGUGUGCAGAGGACUGUCUUGUGCCACUGCAUGAAGCCUGGCCCUGAGCUGUCUCCUCCCCAGGGUUCCUGGGGUAUCUGGAGCUAGGCUUGACCCCACCCUUCCUGGACAACUCUCAUCAUUCGGGACACUCCUGCCUUCACUUGUGGCUGUUUGCUACUUCUCCAUCUUUGAAAUGCUGCCAGAACACUUGUGAUCCUCCCUUCCCCAUUUUGUAAGGAAUGCAAUUCUGGGACCUGCCUGUUCUGGGGUAUCUUGGACUUUGGUACUGGUGCUAACUGGCCCAGGCACUUUUGUGGAGCAGGUUCAUUUGGGAGUUGCUGAGGGUUCACGCAUCCCAUACAUAGGGAGGCUUUACUUCCUAGUAAGGCCUCAGAGGGAGGCAGGGCACCUGGCCUUGGAAAGUGGCUGUGUAGCUUCUCCUUUGGGAAUUCAACUCUUGCCUGAGCUGAGGGGGGUCCCGAAGGCAGACUCUGCUCAGAGGCAAAGGUGAAGCUGCGGCCUGCACACAGGCAUGGGCUGUGCUCAAGGCCUUCUCUCCAGGGACCAGCUGAGGGAGGGCCUCACAAAACCAACAGGUUAAGAUGUUCUUGACCUUGGAAAGCAGAGGACAGUUAGGAUGUCUCAGGAGAGGCCGUGCCGAGCUGACAUUGAAGUGGAAUCUUUAAAUAAUGAAGGAUAUUUAUUGA